CACCCUGAUAAUCCCUGGAGUCGUAUGGUGUGAAAACUUGUUUACCGCCACUGUUUGUCCGCUUCUUCCUUCCAUCCUUCUCAUUCCUUUCAUCCUUCUUGACUGAUUCAUUCCUUCGCUUUUUCCUUUCUUACGCCCCUUUAUUCCUGGUUCUUCCCGUUAUGGCCACAUCCGCAUCAAGAGUGCAGCCCCAGGGGAGCGAGAAGCACCUUGCCGGCCAGACUAUCUACACUGGCAGCAACAGCUCCAGGCACAGCCCGCAGCAGCCGCAUCGCAGGAAGGGUUUCCUGGGGACCAUGGACCGACACCAGAUUGAUGGGCCAUUGAUUGCCAUCCUAGCGGUUCUGGGAACAUAUGCAUUGUUCCCCAAUUCGUUUGCGAAAAAGUUCUUGUUCUUCCAGGAGUACAACCCCAUCUCAAACACCUACGAAAAGUCUUGGGAGGACCUCUACUUCCUGGUCUUUUGGAUUACGACUUUUACCUUCCUCAGAGCUGCUGUCAUGACCUAUAUCCUCGUGCCCCUAGCCCGCCGACUGGGUGCGACCAGCGAAAGAAGCGUCCUCAGGUUCGCGGAGCAAGGCUGGAUCUGCAUUUAUUAUUCUUGUAGUUGGGUCCUUGGCUUGUACUGCCUACAAUUGACGCCGACAUGGAAUAACUGGUUUGUGUGGUUCCACACAGACCAGUUCUUUGACAGCUACCCGCUUACCGCGUUGCCUGUCAUUACCAAAUACUACUACUGGUUGCAGUUCUCGUUCUGGAUCCAGCAAAUGUUUGUGAUGUGCAUUGAAGCCCCUCGCAAGGAUUUUUUGGCCAUGAUCAGCCAUCAUUUGGUCACCGUCAUGCUCAUUACCUUUUCGCUGACACUGAACGUCACCACAUUCGGAACUGCGGUGUUUGUAUCGAUGGAUUUGGCGGACAUUGUGUUGUCACUGGGCAAGUGCUUCAAGUAUAUUGAGAUGCCUGACAGUAUUUGCGACCCGAUCUUUGCCUGCUUCAUGUUCAUCUGGAUCUACACGCGCCAUUUCCUAUAUGGGUAUAUCAUCUAUGCCUGGAUUCUUCACGGUGGCGAAUAUUACUCAAGGCUAACGCAUUAUGUCGUCACUGGGCUCUUGCUUGUGCUGCAGUCGCUCAUGUUCUUCUGGCUGUGGUCCAUCUUCAGGAUCGUCUACAAGAUGUUUUCCAGCAAAGGAGGCGUGGUUGAUGAUCGCAGCGAGGAUGAGGAAGAGCAAGUGACCACACCAGCACCUGUGCGCCUUGACAGCAAACACAGCAGCUAGUCGGCCACAGUAUCAUUACCCUUCGUGCAUUCGACACCCAAUCGUACAUCCAUAGUAAUUUAUCUAAUAUUUAAUAGUCUAAAAGGUUCAUUUUCAAC